CCGGAGCCUUCGCCCCCAGCGUCGCCCCCAUGGCCCGGCCCGGUGUCCUCUUCACCGCUGCCAUUAUCCUGCUGGAACAGCUCAGCUGGAUCAGGACGUACCCGCUGAACCCACAGCCAAACCCUCAGUACCCCAACAUCGCCAAAAAGCUCCUAGGUGCUAUAAGCAGCACUUGGCAAAAGGCAAGUCAAAUAUUGGAACUUUACUCCUGCACCUCUGAUGAGAUUGACCAUGAAGAUAUCACUAGAAACCAAAUAAAUACUAUGAAGGCAUGUUUUCUGGAAGAGUUAACCAAGAAUGGCAUUUGUGUAAAAGCAGAAGCCUAUCUAAAUCUGAGCCAAAGGUGCUUGAAAAGCAUCGCUGAGGACCUGGAAAAAUACAGAGUGGAGUUCAAGGCAAUCAAUAAAACUCUUUCGAGUGAUCAUAGGAGGCAGAUUUCUCUGGAUCAAAAUAUGUUGGCUGCAAUAGACGAACUGAUGCAGGCUUUGAAUAUCCCUGUGCCUUCGGAAGCCCCAGAUACGCUCUCCACACCAACUACAAGUUAUAGGACAGACGACUUUUAUAAAACCAAGAUCAAACUCUGCAUACUUCUUCAGGCAUUCAGAAUCCGUGUUGUGACAAUCAACAGACUGAUGAACUACCAGAAUUCUUGAAGUUUGUCAUCAUUAUCGAGCCUUGAAAGUGAUUCCUCGCGAAUAUUAGACCAAAGAAAACUUAACCAUUGGUGAAAGAAGGGGAUGUGGGGAGAAAUGACAAGAUUCUCUCUGACCACAGCUUAGUCCAUUGCAUUUGAUUACAUUGAACAUCAAAAAAAUAGUUGAAGGGUAAAAUUCACUGCAUUCAGUACAUUUCUCAAAAUAAAUUAUUCAUUUAAAGUAUAUGUUACAACGGAUUAGGGAUAAGUUCCUGUUCAAUUUUCUUGAGAAAAUGCUGAGCAAAAUAUGUUCUUGCCCUUCAUGAUCUUUUUUAUAACCAUACUUAAAUAGUAGAGCAAGAUUUAUAAGCUAUUUCUAUCCCAAAAAGUUCUCAAAAAUAUCACUCAAAUAUAACUUAUUUUAGAAUAUUUAUUUAUGAAGUAGAAAGCAAUUGAA